AUGCUACUUGCUCAGUGUCCAAUCUCAAUAGCCUCUGUUGCCCCAGUCGAGACAGUUGAUUAUGUUGGGGGAGGCCCUCGAGGUCCAGGCAAUCCCUAUGGAAACACAUAUAAUCAGGGGUGGAGGAAUCACCCAAAUUUUUCUUGGGGUCAACAACAGCAACCUCGGCCCCAGCAGCCUCAGGGACUUCCACAGCAAUUUCCUCAGCAGGCCGAGAAGAAGUUCUCCACCGAAGAUGUGUUAGCGAGAUUCAUGAUCAGUACUGAGGCAAAAUUUGUGAACAUCAACAAUCAAUUCGCUGAAGUGAACACCGUUUUGAGGAAUGUUCAGGCCUCCAUCCAAUCAUUGGAGAACCAAGUUGGGCAGCUUGCUAGGGCAAAUUCAGAGCGCCCACCGGGUAGCCUCCCUAGUAACACUGAAAAUAAUCCAAGGGAGCAUUUGAAGGCCGUCACCCUCAGAAGUGGGAAACAGGUUGAAGCACGAGCCAAGGAGGGCUCAAGUACUGAGCAUGAUGGGGUAGCCGUACGGGAAGACCCGAUGUCGUCUGAGAGUUUAGUUGAAAGGGGAAAAGAAAAACAAGAUGAAGAAACCCUUCAACUACCAACACCAAGGGUACCUGAGUACAAGCCGACCAUACCCUAUCCGGCCAGGUUAAAGCAAGAUAAAGAGGAAGCUCAAUUCAAGAAAUUCCUGAAUGUGUUCAAGCAGUUACACAUAAAUAUCCCUCUUGUUGAGGCGUUAACCCAAAUGCCCAAGUAUGCCAAAUUUAUGAAAGACCUGCUGAGUAACAAGAGAAAAUUGGAGGAAUUAGAAACUGUUGCAUUGCCACGGAACUGCUCGGCGAUGAUUCAGAGGAAGCUCCCUCAGAAGUUGACUGAUCCCGGGAGCUUCAUCAUUCCAUGUGGGAUUGGAGAAGGCAUGCAAGAGAAGGCGUUAGCAGAUUCUGGGGCCGAGAUCAAUGUGAUGCCCUACAUAGUCGCUUUUUUGAAAUUGGGGUUAGAUGACAUGAGGCCUACAAGGAUGACAAUACAACUUGCAGAUCGGGUCUCAUAA